AUGGUUGAUUAUGGUUUGAUGGAUCCUGGUCGGAAAAGUAUUUCUUUACUUUCGCUCCCGGGUGCGGAGAACUCCAAACUUCCGGUCCUCCGACGCAAGCAUAACCUGCAACAUUUGCGACGGUCACAUCCGUGUACCUCUCAUCAAAUGGAACAUGCCAUUUCCACACCCAACCUCCGUCUUACCGGCCUGGGCUCAAGUUUUUCUCCAUGGAAGGCAGCGGGAACAGACGCAGUUAUGGUCGAACGCUGUUCACGUUGCGGUCUGCCCGAUCUUUCGGCCAUCACGACAACCAUUAAUACCACCUCUUCCCUGGUGACCUCCGUCUCGCUUCCCUCUCUCACCUCUCUUGAUCCCACUACUGGUACUGCUGCCAUGUUGGACGGUUCUUCACUGUCGGAUUCUGCUGGAGUACCACUUGGUGGCAGUCGUGUCAGUAGCCGACCCACUAUGCGACGCCUCAAACAACAGCAUCGACACAGAGCUCUCUUUACUCGUAAGCAUAAUUUUAGAAAAAAUCAAGCCUUAUCGACGCACAUCUACACCGAGGAUUUAGUGAACUUCAGUUCACUCUCCGACCUUCUUAUCCAUUCCUGUCAUUGCAAUAAGACUGAUCCCCCAACUCGAAGUCAUCGAAAAAUACACAGCGCAUCCCCAGAGCUAUCCACCGCCACCACUUCAUGCAUCACCGACUUCAACAGAUCCCGUCGUGAGGCCUCGAAUCCCUCCAUACUGCCAUCGCUUUCUGAGGACCUUCGAGAUCAUGAGAUUGACACAGGCGUAGAUGAUGCAUCGCUACGUCACGAAGGCUUAUACGAGACAUUGCGCAGGUCUCGAGUUACCACUUCGACAACUCUAUCUUCUCUGCAACCAGUAGAUAAACGGGAGAGGGCAAAUAAGGAAAUCGAAGCUCUCGACACCACCGAUGGUCCAAACACUAUGGCUCAAUGGGUUGUGCGAAAUCCAGACAAGGGAAUCGCAUUGGUGCAAAAUAAAAUCACGGUAAGAACAAUGACAAUAUUUUUUUUUCCCCAUCUAAAGUGCUGGUGUUAUCGUCCUGGUUACACUGUUGUGCCGACACUAGUGCUUAUAACUUCAAUGCUCUCCAUCCAUCCAUCCAUCCAUCAGCAAGAACUGGUUCAAUGGGUGUUAAUCCACCCAGAUGACGGCCUUGCUCUGAUUCGUCUCCUACAGGAGAACGGGGAAGAGGUCGAGGUUGAGGAUCGUCGUUCUCUCUCACAAAAUUUCAUCACAACUGUUGGAGAUGAGGAGAAGGACCUGUCGAAACGUCAGUCCACGGAGCAGAGUCGAUCUGCAACCUCUGCCAAUUCUACUGAGUGUCUGACAAAGGCUGUCACACCAUCAACAUCGUUUAUGGGAGGAGAUCGUCUGAUGAAUGCCUUUGCACCCGGUACAAUGGCAUUUGUGAUGCUGAAGGAGGAUUUGAAACAACACGUUCUCUUGUCAUCCACUUUCAAAGGCCAUAUCUACUCCGAUUUUUCCCAACUACCUGUCCCCCUUCCCUACUUCUCCAAUCCCACGGUGAGAUCUUCCAGCGUUCACCUCGUCAUCUGUGUGCAUGGUCUUGAAGGGAAUUGUUUGGAUUUGCGAUUGCUGACAAUGUACCUACAGCUGGCGCUACCCGAUCAUCCACUGGAGUUUCUUAUGUCCGACAGCAAUCGUGAGGAUACUUUUGGAUCGUUGGAACAACUCCGAGACAACUUGGUUGAGGAGAUUCUUGAGCACAUUCAGUCGAUGUCGGAAAAACCCACUCAUAUCAGCUUUAUCGGGCACAGCUUAGGCUGUGUACUAAUCCGCGCCGCACUGUCAAGUCCACGGCUGGCACAUCUCUAUCCAAUGUUGCAUACCUUCCUCUCCUUCUGCGGUCCCCACUUGGGCACACUCUACAGCACCUCAGGCCUCGUCUCCAUGGGUAUGUGGGCUCUACAGAAGUUAAAGAAGUCUCGCAGUCUCCUUCAAUUGCGUCUGCGUGAUCAUCCUGAUCCUCGGGAGACCUUUAUGUAUGCUCUCAGCGCUGGUGAGGGAUUCGACCGGUUCCGUUACGUCCUCCUUGUCGCUAGCCCUCAAGAUCACUAUGUGCCUCACCAUUCCAGUCGCAUCGAGCUCUGUCGGGCAGCCCUACAGGAUCCAUCUGAAAUGGGUGUAAUUUACAUGGAGAUGGUUGCAAACAUCCUUCAGCGCAUGAUCAAAAGUGGGCGCACCACAGUGGUUCGCUAUGAUGUACACUAUGAGGUGCAGAGCUCGGCAAACCACUUCAUUGGUCGCGCCGCACAUAUUGCCGUUCUUGACUCUGAUGUCUUCAUGGAGAAGUUCUUCUGUGUCUCAGCCGCUAAGUACUUCCGCUGUAACGAUAUUGAGAGUGGAAGUGGCAGUGGUAGCGGCGAACCAGGCACCGAUGAUCCAUCCGCCUCUUCCCUAUCCCUCGCCUAUGAUGCUUCUCCCCUUCCAAACGGAGACGAUGAUGGAAAUAAAAUGCUUGAUAUCCGCGAAUUCGCAAAAGGAUGCGCUGAUUUCGGUGCAGAUUUGACCAAAGAAGAAGUGAAGGAGAUUUUUGAGUUGCUUGAUAAGGAUGGAAGUGGUCACAUAGACUUUGAUGAAUUCCUUGAAGCUCUACGUCCUCCCAUGCCUAAGUGCAGAGUAGAGUUGGUUAAUCAAGCCUUUAUGAAGAUGGACAGGUCGAGAGACGGUUACAUCACCGCGGAGGACUUGCGAGGUGUUUAUAAUUGCAAGUUUCACCCGAAGUACAAAAACGGUGAAUGGACCGAAGAACAAGUGUUUCAGGAAUUCCUAAGGAAAUUUGAAGCCCCUGGUGAAAUUGACGGAAAAACCUGCGGUGAAGGUCAACGCUGUAGGAGUCGCCAAUGUCUGGACGGAUUUGGUAGCAUUCGCGAUGCCUCACAAUGUGUUGGUGGUGGAGAGGAAUGCAUGACUUGUAUUGUUAACAGCAAGUGCCCUCGCCAACCGGGCUGGAGCUCAUGGAGUCCAUGGAGUGAGUGUGCACUCAGCGAGUCGAACAAGAAACCCAAACCGGAUGCACACGGCUGCGUGCCAGGGACUGCAUUUCGUACACGUCUUUGCAACAAUCCCCCACCCGAACUCGGUCCCAAUGCAUUGCAGUGCUCUGGGUUGAGCCAAGAGGUCAAAGCUUGCCCCUACGGCUGCCAAGAAGACCAAAUAGACGAUUUUAAUCUUAAAGCUCGAGUUAAAAAACAGGUACAAAUGGACCAUUUAGCUACUCGUGUACAGAGGAAGUCGCCCAGGGAUCAUGCUGAUGUUGUAUUGGUUAGAACAGCGGGUGAUAGUGCUUCGCUAGAUUGUGACACAGAGGCCUACAGGUACGCAAAGGCGACACUGGAAGCAAAGGCUUUAAGUCUGUCAAAAAUCAAUUUACCCACUCGGAAUGUGGCAAUUUUCUGGCAACUUGGGGGUAGAACUAUAGCCACUGGGAGUAACUACGUGGCUACAAAGGAACGACGAAUCAUUUUGCCGAUUAAAGAAUUGGUUGAAGAAGAGUCGCGGUGGAUCUCGCGACUAAAACGGACCUCACCAGUAGUGGAAGGAACGAGACUUCUUCUGGCUGAUUUAAAGCCUCAUGAUACGGGGUUUUACACUUGUCAUAUCAAAAUAGGAAGCGAAGAAUGGGUCGCAACAUUCUAUUCCCUCAUAGUUUUAGGUCAACAGUUUUCUGCACCUGCACAGAUGCCCUUUUACCUUCAUUCAAACAUCGGCGAGUGGAGUGCCUUUGAAAAGGGUCAGGUAUACUGGUAUGAUGCUGCAAGAAUUCAAUGGUACCUCAAUGGCGAACCCAUGUUUACCGAUCUAGCAAUCCGUCCAAGGGCGAGAAUUAGGCUUAUACCACACUUAAAAACACGGAUGCAAGGUCAGUGGGACUGUCAUUUGAUUGUUCCAAGGCCAGACUCUCCUACUGUGCAAGCGUCGAAGAAUGUAAGCUUCUCAGGUCGGUAUUUAAUAAACACCUUCUUUCUCCGUGUUACGCCGCGACCACCAAGCUUGUGGGAACUUGCAGCUCGACCUCCAAGGGUUGCUCGGCUGCGGUUAGUAGCAAUAAUUAUAACGGUGGCCAGUUUGGGACUCCUCGUAGCGGUAGUUUUGACCAUCUGGGCUGUACGACGAUGGGUGCAUAGAACUCCAACGUUGGAUCAGUUGAAGAGCGCAGUGGAGGAGGUAAUUGAUGAUCGGACUCGCCUUUUUAUCAAUGCGCAACAAAAGGCCCAGAAAAGAAGACAACUGCUUAUGCCGUUUAUAGAAGCAGAGAUGAAGGAAAUAAAUAAAAUGCGGAAGAAUCCACCAUCGGAUGAUGCUAUGCUAAAUGGAACAGUGCUGACAACUUUUCUUAGUAAUCAAGUGACAAGAGAAGGUGAAAAAAGCGAUACUUCACAGAGUCGGGUUUUUUUCCUUUUUGAACACGCAGCUGGUUAUGCCAUUCUGGGUACAAAGUUACACGAACUAUCUGCGGUUAUUGAACGCUUGCCGGAAGUUUCCACUGACUACGACACGUUUUCCGGCACAUUUAAAUUGCGUGCGUUUUCACCAUUCACAUCAGCUGAAAACGCUCUAGAAAAUUGCAAUUCAAUAUCCGAGGGUAUUGUUCAUGAUGAUUUGCAAAAUUUUCUUCUAUCGAAUCUCAGUGGAGAUAAACCUGUACUUUUAUGCGUUUCGGAACACAAGUUGGCCGAUGCUAUUAAGGCCACUGAAACUGGAUUACCUGAAACCGUCAAAAUAUCAUCCGAAUCGGCUGCUGUCGAUGUUUAUCGCGGAAUUCGCGAGUUUUUCCCGAACUACAUUGCAGAAUUGACACAUUUUGCAGAAUCUCAGGCACAAGUUGGUCUAGGUCACAGCUAUUCACGUGCCAAAAUUAAGUUCAAUGUAAACAGGGAUGAUAACAUGGUUAUUCAGACGAUCAGCCUACUCGAUCAGAUGGAUAAGGAUAUUAACACCUUUUCUAUGCGAAUCAAAGAGUGGUUUUCAUAUCACUUUCCAGAGUUGGCUAAAAUUGUUCCCGAGAGCGCCAACUAUAUCAAGCUAGUUGAGAUAAUCCGCAGCCGUGAUGACUUGAGUGAGGAUAAAGUGGAUCAAAUUGAGGAAGUCAUCCAUGAUCAUGAAAAGGCAGUUGCUAUUUUAGAAGUUGCUAAAACUUCAAUGGGCUUCGAUGUCACAGAUCAGGAUGUAGAGAAUCUUUCUUCCUUUGCAAAAAUCGUUCAAACCUUCAUGGAACGUCGCGCUAAAGCCUACGACUAUCUUGUCAAUAAGUUGAACGGUGUUGCGCCAAACCUCAACACACUCAUUGGCAGUCAAGUUGCUGCUCGUCUAAUUUCCCACGCUGGUUCUCUAACAAAUCUGUCCAAGUUUCCAGCUUCCACCAUCCAAAUUCUGGGUGCAGAGAAGGCUCUUUUCAGGGCGCUGCGAACUCGUGGUCGUACCCCCAAAUAUGGACUAAUUUUUCACAGUACUUACAUCGGUCGCGCAGCAAAGGAGAACAAGGGUAGGAUUUCACGUUUCUUAGCUGCGAAAUGCGCCCUUGCGACACGCAUUGACUGCUUCAGUGAUAUCCUUUGCGACGUUUAUGGGCAGCACUUGAAGAAGCAAGUUGAGGAUCGACUAAAGUACUUUGAAACUGGUGUUUUGCCUAUGACAAAUGCCGAGGCAAUGGCAGCGGCUGUAAAGGAAGCCAAUAAAGUAAUUGGGAAGCUGAAGAAACGAGCCAUUGCCACGUUAAAUGGAUCGCCAUCACCGAAUAUCAAUUUUUACAAGGACGAGGCGCAAGGAGAGAAGAAGAAAAAGAAAAAGAAGAGGAAGUCCGAGCUCGUUCAGUCAGAAGAGUCUGCACAGCAUGAAGUAGUAGAAGUUGAACAGCUGCAGGAAGAGUUUGGAAAGAAGAAGAAGAAGAAAAAGAAGCAAGAGAUGGUCAUCGGCGACGAUGGAGUGGAUGGUGACGCAGAGCCUCCACGAAAGAAAAAGAAGACUGAGGAAGAGAAUGAGGAGGAGAAUUUCGUAGCUGGUGCCUCCGCUGAUGUUGAGAGUAAGCCGAAAAAGAAAAAAAAGCGCUCUCUUGAUGUAUAA